AUGUCUGAGACCUUCCAGGAGCUUGCUGAUAUUCCCAAGGACUUCGUCCGGGAGGGUUCUCAAUUCGUUCGCCGCUGCACAAAGCCCGAUAAGCGUGAAUUCAUCAAAAUCAGCCAGGCCGUUGGAAUGGGUUUCCUCGUUAUGGGUGCCAUUGGCUACUUUGUUAAGCUGAUCCAUAUCCCUGUCAACCAAGUGCUGGUUGGUGGCGCAUAA